AAGGUGCACACGAGAUACAAUUUGAUGUUUUUUUAAGGUUCACCGUAGUAAAGCUUGGUAUCAACCCAGAUGAACGUUGUUUACAUAUGAUUGCUCGCAUUUUUUUUUAUGAGCAUGUUCUGCAUCUCACAUUAGCUAAUUGCUAGCUAGCCAGCCAGUAUUGCUAACGUUAUUUAACGUUUAUUUGGACCGUUAACUUGGCAACACUGUGUAAGCAACAAUGGAAAGCCUGUACAAGCGUAAAGUGUUCGCGACGUUGCGAAAAAAUAAAGCUGAAGCGUCGAAGAAAAGGGCUCAAAUCGGUCUGCCGUCGUCUAUCCUUGAUGACAGUGACGAGGAGUCCUGCGCGAGCACGACCAGCAUCAGCGCUUCAGAGAGUUACAGUCAGAAUUCGGACAGUGGGAGCGAAAGUACACCUGCCAGUGGGGAACAGAGCCCUGCCAGCGAUGGUAGUAGCUCCAGCGAAGGUAGAUCCCGUCCUCGUCGGAAGCGCGUCCUCGCUGACAGCUCCAGCGACUCUGACAGCGACGUAGGAACCAAGCCUAAAAGGAAAGUCGUUCCCAAAAAACGCAUAAAACAGCAAAGCCAAGAUUCCGAUUCAGAGGACGAGAGUGCCGCACAAAAGGACAAAACAGUUGCCGAAGCUAAAGAGACCGCAGCUAAACGAAAGCAACGCCAGUCUAAACUCCUGGCAUUAUCCAAGAAGAUGAAGUCCCGCGUUCCGAAACGCAGGGUCACGUUGGAGGUAUCUUACCAACAUAUCAUGUAAACGAACAUAACAUAAGUGUUGAUCCUUUGGGCAGAAUCAUGUUGCAUACACCCACAUUAAUCUGUCCAUAUAUGGACUAUAGGGUACUGAGGAAACGUUCUUUGUUGUUGAACAUUGUUUUACAACCCAUGUAUUGCUGUGGUUCUCUUGUAAAUAUCCAGGAUUCAGGUGACGAAGACAAGGGUAAAGUAGCUGAAGAUGUUAGUGGUGAUGAUGAUAAUGAUGAUGAAGAGGAUACCCCUGAAUUAUUGCUGGGCAGCAGUGAAGAAGAGGCAGCAGAUCACAGCGACAGUCUGAAGGACUUCAUAGUUGAGGAUAAGACAGGGGACAAGAGUGAGGAGGUGUCAGAUGAAAAAGCUGUUUCUCUUCCACGCCAGUGUGAGUCAGCUGACACACUUUAUCAUGGGUCAAUGUUUACAGGUAAAAGCACACUGUUUUAUGAUUCCUUUGCUUCUUUCCUCCUUUUCCUAGUCAUCACUGGGUCUCAGCUCAAUCACUUUCAAGUGGUCCUCAAAGCCCUUAUGAUCAACGUCCUGGAUGAAACCUUUCUCAAGUCUCUUUAUGGUAAGUGUUUUUAAACAAUAGAGGUCUCAAACACCAUCCCCAACCAACAUCAUGAUCCAAGUAUAGAGAAUCUAUUUGGUUGAUAACUGUGAGCAGGCGGUGAUCGGACAAAGCGAUAUGCUCAGGAGAUGAAGGCGUCGCUGUUCCACUUUGAUGAGCGGACGAUCCUCCCUCGCCUGGAGAACCUGAAACAGCGGAGCCGCUGGACCGACCGGUACAAGGUAAAGAACCAUUUCACAGAACUUAAACAGGAGUUUGUGUGUAGUCAUUCAACAUUGGCUGCAUAUUCAUUGAUCUCAUCUAUACAGCAAUGCUUGUACUUUGGCUAAGACUUCCAUUCUUAUAUUAUGUUAAAAAACAAUAUAUGGAAACUGGUAUGUGUUUUUGUGUGUCCAUGUGCAGGAGCGGGUGGAGUGUUACCCCAAGGUCCGGCUCUUGAAGUUAGGAUUGCAUCAGAGUGUUUGUGAGGCAUGCAAGCUCCAGAGACAAUGCAGUUUCAGUGUGCGUCUCUCAGGGCAACUGUACGAUCUCAACAGCCUCCAAGAGGACCAAUUCAUGCCCGAUGACACACAGGUACUACAUCUGAAAAGAAAUCAACACUGUCUUUGUUUUAUCCAUCUCUGUCCCCAGAAGAAAGCAUACAUUGGAAUCCCAUCAAAUCCCAUUAACUAAAAGUACAUCAAAACGGAUCAACAUCAGCACCGUAUCAUCAGAUCAAAUAAUUAUGUAUCGGACCUUGCACCAAUUUAUCCUUUUGUGAAAUGUCAGGUUUGCUGUUUGUCUGAGGGAGUGUUUUCAAUGACAGGUCACCUUGCAUGUAUCUUUCCUAAAUGGCAGGCUUUCAGUGUGGGCUCCGUUUGUGCCAGCCGAACAGGGGUGUAUCAUGCUCUGAAACACUUCAAGUACCACUUGUUUCAACACUGCCGGACAGUGAUGGAGGAGGAGAAGAAUGGAGAGGAGCCAGUGAAGGAAACAGUGAAAAGGGUGUUCACCAAACUGGAGGAGAGUGGCUGGAUCUCAGAGGUAUGUACCCCACUUCCCCUCCAUAAAAGAACAGUACUCCUCAUUGAAUUAUCAUCCACAUCUGUCUGUUUCAGAAAACCCUCUUACUUGCUCCCCCACACUGUCAUUUUGUGGAAUAGAAAUCGAUACUCUCUGAUUUUCCUCACCACUUCACUCCCAUAUCUGUCUCUCUCAGCAAUAUGAGAAGUUCCAGGACCAUCUUAAUGAUGCAGACUACUUCCAGGAGGAGAAGCUAGACUGAAGGAUUACGACAGACAGGAUCCAUAUCUACAUCCUAUUAUAGGCAUCCAUUUAACAGUUUUAUGGUUUAUUCUGCACAUUGUUAGGAAAUAAGUGUUUUAUUAAUAUAUAUACUGUUCAUUUGACUUCAGUUCAAUGUUAACAUUUAAGAUUGUAAUGAAAAGCUUUUAAAAAACAUUUCCUCCUUUUGUUGUCACCAUUUAAGAAGACAUCUAUUGCAUCUGUAUUAUAUCAACCAUUUUAUAUCAUGCUCAUUAGGGCAGACGUAUGUCAUAUACUGUAUGUGCAAAGUUUGAGAGAUGAAGCAGAAUACUCUGGUAUUGCUGUAAAUCAAAGAAAUGCUACUCCUGAGUUCUUUAAACUAUCCUGGUUACCUUCCCUACUUAGUUGAAGCAGUGUUGUCCUUCCAAUAGUUAAGAUAAUGCCAAAUGGAGUUUGCUAUGACAGAUUACCUCAAAUGACAUGAGUAAUGUUCUAUAUUGCGGAUUACACUAUCUAGUAUA